AUGGGUAGAAGCUCAAACAAAGGCAUGUCGUCAGACUCAGAAACUAAAGUACCUGAUGAAACAGUCAUUCCCAACGGCGAUAGAAUUCUUAUCGUCAGCAAAGGCCAGCUACGGAUUCAGGUCUCUCCGGAGUUACUGAUCCAGGCAUCCCCGGUUUUCGACGCGAUGCUGAACCUGAAAUUCUUGGAAUGCAACAAACUUCACGAGGGUAAUGAGUUCCCUGUCGAGAUCAAACUGCCAGAAGACGAGGGGAUGGCGACCACCCAAGCGUUACGAACUCUCUAUGGGUCGGACCCAAGUAUGCUACUCCUCGACCCCGAUGAGAUCCAGAAAGUCGCCAUUUUCGUGGAUAAAUACGACAUUUCGCCUCGUUUUUCCAUGGCUGCCACUAGCUGGAUGAACUGCGAGCCAUCCAACCUCGAUCAAGCUUGGAAGCUGAUGACGGCCUCAUAUUGGUUCAACCUCGAAGAUUCGUUUCAAACCAUGAGCGAACACGUCGUGGUAAAGAUGAACCACGCACAAAUCUUUCGUCUGGCUCACCAGACUCACGACGUCGGCCUAGGCCUGAAGCUAGGCAGUGAGUUCUUACCCAUAUACAUCUCUCAUCUUGUUGAGAUUUGA